AGGACUUUUAUGAUUCAUAAUUUGUGCUGUGUUGUAAUGUUACCUCUGGAAACUGACAUACUAGCAUUUAUUGUUUUUUAUUGCUUCUCUGAGGUGGCUUUUGAAAGAGACUCAAGUGACACAUGUUUGAGAAGGGUUUAAAAGUUGGACACAGCUGGAUGAGGCAUUAUUCGUCUGGUGAGGAGCGGAAGAUUGGUACUUCUGUGGACGCGUGUGACCAUUUGGGCACCAAAUCCAGCAAUGAAUAAUUCAACAGGCUGUUCGGCCAGUGCCACGGUUUGCAAUGGGUCGUCCUGUGUGUUGACUGAGAGCAAUUUCAAUAACAUCCUCAGCGUGGUCCUGAGCACUGUCUUGACCAUCCUCUUGGCCAUGGUGAUGUUCUCCAUGGGAUGCAAUGUGGAAAUCAAGAAAUUCCUAGGACACGUAAAGCGGCCGUGGGGCAUAUGCGUUGGCUUCCUCUGUCAGUUUGGAAUCAUGCCCCUCACGGGAUUCAUCCUGUCAGUGGCCUUUGACAUCCUUCCUGUCCAAGCUGUAGUGGUACUCAUCAUGGGAUGUUGUCCCGGAGGAACCGCCUCCAAUAUCUUGGCCUACUGGGUCGAUGGCGACAUGGACUUGAGCAUCAGUAUGACCACAUGCUCCACGCUGCUUGCCCUGGGAAUGAUGCCGCUGUGCCUCUUUAUCUAUACCAAAAUGUGGGUCGACUCUGGGACCAUCAUAAUUCCCUUUGAUAACAUAGGUACGUCUUUGGUCGCUCUUGUUGUUCCCGUUUCCAUUGGAAUAUUUGUUAACCACAAAUGGCCCCACAAAGCCAAGAUCAUUCUUAAGAUCGGGUCCAUCACAGGUGCAAUCCUUAUCGUGCUCAUAGCUGUCGUUGGAGGAAUUCUAUACCAGAGCGCCUGGAUCAUCGCUCCCAAACUGUGGAUCAUAGGGAUGUUAUUUCCUUUGGCUGGUUACUCCCUAGGGUUUUUACUGGCUAGAAUAGCUGGUCAGUCCUGGCACAGGUGCCGAACAGUUGCUUUGGAAACGGGGAUGCAGAACACUCAGCUGUGCUCCACUAUCGUGCAGCUCUCCUUCACCCAGGAGGAGCUCAACGUUGUGUUCACUUUCCCGCUCAUCUACAGCAUUUUCCAGCUCGCCUUUGCGGGAAUCUUCCUAGGCAUUUAUGUGGCAUACAAGAAAUGUCAUGGAAAGAACGACAUGGAAUUUCCAGAGAGCAAAGACAUCGAAACAGUCUCUGGGUCAUCAUUCUCAAAGGUGAACGGAGGAUUUCAGCCAGAUAACAAGUAGACACCAAGUGGACAAAAAAGAAGAAUUCUAAAGUACACGUUCUGCGAUAACAGUAUCUGUUUGUUUUUGUUGGGAUACUUGGCAGGAAAGGGUUAAGGUGAAAAUUUAAAUUCCAGUUGAAUCCAUAUAUUGGUUUUGGUACCAAGUGACUGGUGGCCCAAAUCCUUAAUGUGACAAAUAUUUAUAUGUAUAUAUGUACUGUCUUUGAAAUAUGCCCGAGAAAUGUCCUCAGACCACAGACUAUACCUGACACUGGUAACACUGAGAACCUCAUAACUCCUAAACCGGAUUCUUACUCAGAAUCUCAAAAUGCAGAGAUGAGCACCUGACUUUAUGUAUCUUAAGAUAGAUGCAACGAAUUAUUAUUAUUAUAAAGUGAUCAAGAUUUUCUUCAGUAUUUAUGAUUGUAAGAAGAUUGAAAUGAACAUCUUCCACUGACAUGUUAAUUAUUAUUUUGAAAAUGUUGCAACCUAUUUAUUUAUAUAACUUUAUCAUGUAACAUGGACAAAUAGCUGACUUCCUGCAUUAAAAAAAAAAAAUUAGCCUUCUCCAGUGACAGUCCAAGGGCAAAAAUAAGAGAAAAGAGUUACUAAACAGAAAUCAAUCGUCAAAUUAGGAGUCCAUAAUGCAUCAGCGAUGUCAUACAUUGGUUGCUCUGCCUCAGGAGUCCAACAAUGCCACUAGAUUUCUUUUUUUUAGGAAAAACAAUUCUUUCCAAUGGCUUGAAUUUGGCAAAGAGCUCUUCAAGCCCUGGAGAGGGGCUUCCUCAAGGUCUGCCUGCAGGGGGCAGGUCGACGUUGGCUAGUGUGACAGCUUUGGAGCGGGCAGAUUGCAGAAGCAUUGGGAAAAAAAACACCACUACUCCAGUUGGUGAUUUUAGUUCAAUGGGAGAUCAUGGCGAACGCAAGGAAAAGCACAAAUAAUAAAGACCCACUUGAAAUGCAGGACAUGAGUCAGUUAGAUGUGCACAAGUGAGUAUCGAUAAAAAGAAA